GAUUGGGGUUUGAUGCCAAUUGAGGGGACCUUUGAGAAUGGCACCUUUGGUGGGGUCUUGGGGGGCGUGCUCAAUGGGGCCUUUGACAUGAGCCUUUCUUCAUGGUUGGCCACACCCGAGCGAGGCUUACUUCUAGAUAUGGAACCGGUUCAAAUAACAACCUUUGUGUUGGCCGUCGUGCCGAAAACACUAGAGGUAGACUUGAAGUUCUUUAAGUAUCCAUUUUCCAAUACUGCGUGGCAAGGCAUCCUAAUCAUGGCAUUCGUUAUUUGUGCUAUAAUCAUUCCUCCGUCACUAAUUUUGGGAAAUUAUGAAAACACCAAUGCCCACCAUUGGGCGUCCUUGAGCGCUUGGUCUUUUUUUCUCCUUAUGAACUCAUUCUACGGCGGAGCCUUGACCAUGUUCUUCAGCACCAGGGCAGCUCCACCAUUCUCACAAUUUCACGAAGCAGUUCAAGCUUAUCCCAAAUGGAUACUCAAAACCCCGGUAGGGUCGGACAUCAUAUUUUAUGGAAGGGCUAAAUCAGGGGACCCGGGGUUUAGGGAGUUUUAUCAGCGAAUAGUCGACAAUCCUGAAGAGACCACGUUUGAAGAUUUCGCUAAUGUUCUGAAGGAAAUGGAUUCGAAUUAUAUUGCCAUCGUGGCAGCUAUCAACAAACUUCAAUAUACAUUUGAAACCAAUUUAGACUUGACGACUCCUUUGGAUAUCCUGGAUACGGUGAAUGAAAACUGGAGUAACGUGAUUAUGAAGAAAAAUUCUCCCUUAAGUCCUAUGAUAAGAAGAGGUAUAAUGUCACUUCGAGAGCACGGUUUUUUUCAAAGAACCAUGUCCAGAUGGUUUGGUUUUAAAAUACGGAAAGCAUCGAAAUCUUCGCUUGUGGUUCUUGGAAUGGGACACACCAUUCUGCUCUAUUUAAUCAUGAUGUUUGCUUGUCCGUUGAGCUUGACCCUACUAGCUAUGGAAAAUCUGCGUGCCAGGUUGCUUUCCAAAUAAGCAUGUACGUACAAUGAUUGGUCAUAUGCCACUACAUUCAUUUAUAUAGUCUCUUUCCUGCAAUGCCAUAAGAUUUAAUUUCGAAUUUUGGCCUACUUUGAAGAACAUGCAGGGUGUUCAAUAAUCGUCUGAAGAGAAAUCAUCUUCAGCAGAGGAUCAUAACAAGCUCCUAAGGGUCUUCUUGGAACGGAUGUUGGUCGUGGGCAUGGCCUUAAGCCUGGAGAAGAGCAUACUCGGCACCGAAUUCAUCAAAUUCGGAGGAGUCAUAGUCGGACAAGACGCAAUCACCCCAAACGCAGAAACAGUCAAAGCACUUUUAAAAUAUGGGCGAACUCCUACUUCAAUCACUACGAACUGAUGUUAUUCCUUUGCAUGGCGAAAGCAAAAACACGCUCUUCAGUGGUCAAGCAUGGCGGUCGCUUCAAGGUCCGUAUUAGAGGUGGAAAAACGGUACCCACAAUUUUAUCUGGAGACCGUGGCGGUGGAAUUGACCAUUAAGACCUAAGAGGCAAUACCAAUCUAAAAUAGCAUUACUUUAAUUAAAAUUCGCUCCGAGAAAGCCCACAAGAAAUUGACAAAACGAAGAAAACGUAAAGAAGACGAAAGAUAAAUAAAGUUUUAAGCCAUUGUGUGCUUCGCAGGGAGUUACUAAGAUAAAUAAAAUCAUAAGGGCCCACCUGAUCUAU